GCCAACUAACGUUUACAUGGUCUUUUUUCCGUUAAGCCCCUAACGUUAACGUUAUCUUCACGAUCCACAUCUAAAAUCCCUAACGUCUUCCUUACCGUCCAGACAUUUCUUUAAUCGCCAAAGCGUCGAUUCCCUCAUCUCUUCAACCGCUAAGACCUUGAAUUUAGAGUUCCUAAUUCCUAUAUAUUACACCUACGACAUGCAUCUCCUCCUCUUUUGCCGUGCUAGAUUUCCGAUUCUCCAAGGUAACAAUAUGGACGUCGGUUCCCUCUUCGCUCUGAAGAACGCGAAAGGGAAGAAGAAGGCCCCGUCGGGCGCUUCUGCCAGGGAGGGGCCCUCUCAAACUGCUGUCGCCGCCGUUGGCGCCGGAGGGUCCAAGGGUGCCGGGCCCGUGAAAAAGAAGAACGCCGGCAAGGGGACCGAGCCCCCGGCCAAGAAGCCGAAGACUAACGCUCCUACCAAACAGCCGAUCACCGAUGUGGUGGUGAUCGUUGACGAAGGGCACGCCUCUGCCUCCACCCCCCAGGAACAAAUCAAUCAGGAGUUCUUUGGGCGGGAGAGGUUGGAGGCGUUAGUACCGAAGGGAGCCUCCGUGUUGGAGGGCAGUCUGAACCCUUCGGCUCUAAUGAGCUAGAUGCUGCCGUCGGCCGACCGACCGACUAGCCCUUGCCCGGUUGGACGAGGGAUCCCUUGAGGCGAAGGUCCUCCUGAAUGCUGCCUCCAGCUUUAUGGGCCAAGGGUGUAGCCGAGGGGGAGGCCACCCUCCUCAGGAAGAAGCUUGCUGAAGCCGAGGACUCUCUUCGUCUGGCCACCGACGGCAUGGAGCAGAGGGUGCAGGCUGCAAGGGCCGAAGGGGUUAAUGAGGGACUGGCCAGGGCCGGGGAGGCCGCUGCCGAGGCCGCCCGCAUUGCUGCUGAUGAAGCCCGCGCGGCUCAAGAAGAGGCCGUCUCCAAGGCCCGAGAGGAUGCGGUGACCAGCUUCACAGCCGAGGGGUGGAAGGCCGUAGACCGGAGGGAGUGGCUUGCUUCGGUGGUGGGGGCUUCAGUGGAUGAGUGGGUCGGAGGCCCCGGAAAGAUGUGGCUUGCUGAGAGGGGCGACUCGUACUAUCAAGGCGGGGAGUUCUUCACCCAACGCCUUAUCUACCGGAAGCUUGCGAAGCACUUUCAGGUGGCACCGGAGGAGUUCCGUCCAGAGGCUUAUGGCCUCCCCCCUCGCCAGCCAGACAUCAGGAUCCCGCUCCCCGAGGGGGAAGAGAGGCCAGUUCUUGAAGACUCGGAGACCCUCCGGGAGUGCGGCCUUGGGGGUGAAGAGGAUGAAACUGAGAGCGAGGCAAUAUCCACAGUCCCCCCUUCUUGAAUUGUAUUCCCCCUUUUUUGUUGUAAUUGUUGGCCUCGGCCUCCUUUGUAAAGUACAAUUAAACUUCCUCUUUUUUUUUGAAUGAAUGAGUACAUACGCCCUCGGGCCUUUGAUAUAUCAUAUGC